AUGUCUGUGAUCAUGGAGGAUAUCAAAUGGGCACGGCGUCUUACAACACAUCCAGAUCGCGCGAUGACCUACACCUUCGCCAUCAUCAUCCCCUCGGUGAUUUACAUCGUCUUGAAGGUUUUCCGUCGUUCGAAGAAGAGAUUUCCGAAUGCACCAUGGCUUCACCUUUCCGACUUACCAGGCAAGGCGGGAAUCGAAGAAGAUGCUCGGAGGUUUGUUCAGAACGGUCACAAGGUAAUUUGUGCCGGCUACCAGAAAUACACCAAGAAUGGGCAAAACUGGUUAAUGAGAACUCCGGAGGGAGGACAAUUCGUUGUUCACCCCCGGUUCAUUGAGGAGAUCCGAUCUGCAAAGGAGGUGGAUUUGCACAACCUGCCGGCCAAUAACGACUUGAUGCAGACACGCCACACAAUGCACCCGGACCUCGAAUGGGAUCAGUACCACUUUAACGUGGUCUCCAAACAACUGACUCACAGUCUCGGACCUGGACUUCCGUCCAUUGUGGAUGAAUGUAAAGGCGCUUUUCACGACCAAAUUGGCGAACCAAAAGACUGGACGCCUUUCCAUAUGUACCCGGUCGCUUUCAAAAUCACGACCCGGACGGCUAAUCGAUUGCUCUUUGGUCGCGAACUCGCAAGAACCAAGGACUUCCUCCAGCUUGCCAUUGACUACAGCGACACGUUCUUCGGCGGGGCUAACAUGAUUCGGCACUACCCGGAAUGGAUGAAGCCUCUUGUCUUAUAUUUUAAUACUGGUAUUGUGAAGCAGACGGCGACCGCAAAGAAGCAUCUUUUCCCACUCUUGACAAAGAGAAUUGCUGCGAUGGAGGAAGCGCGACGGAACGGAACAUACCAAGAGUUCGAAGCCACAAAGCCGGCCGAUGUCGUCCAAUGGGUCUUAGACAUUACACCAUUAGAGAAGAGAGACCUGCAUGUACUGACACUCAGGUUGAUUCACAUCCUCGUGUCAGCUGUACAUACCAGCAGUGUGACCUAUUUGAACGCCAUCUAUGAUCUGGCACAGCACCCCGAGGUUCAUGACGAACUGAGAGAGGAGAUUAAAGAAGUUUUCGCCUCAGAGAACGGAGAAUGGAGAAAACAGGGUCUUACCAAGCUUGUCAAACUCGACAGCUUCAUCAAAGAAAGCGCUCGAUUCCACCCCUUUCAAGCAGGUACGAUGGAUCGGAUUGCGAUGCGCGACUACACUUUGAGCGACGGGACAUUCGUCCCCAAGGGAACAUACAUGUUGGUACCGUCGUCGGCUUCUAAUCUCGACCCGGACGUGUGGGGGCCGACCGCUCUCGAAUUUGAUCCUUGGAGAUUCCAAAAAAUGCGACUGGACCCCGGCCAAGAGACCCACCACUCCAUGGUCCAAACGACGCCGAAUUUUACGUACUUUGGACACGGAAAGCACGCCUGCCCAGGACGGUUCUUUGCGGUCAAUGAGAUUAAGGUCCUUCUUAUUUACACCUUGAUCUUCUACGACGUCAAAUAUCCACCUGGGGCUCCCGAGCCUCAGAUGAUGUGGUUUUCCGGCAAGACUAUGCCUGAUAUGACCGCCAAGUUACUUUGGAAGGCCCGGGACAAUGUUGCAAUGCCAUGGAACGACGUCUCAUGA